UGCUUGUCGAUGUAUAAAAUCGUUCGUUCGCACUCAACCAUGAGUCAUUUGGAGGAUUUUACGUUUUCCAACGGUGCACCGCCGUCCAAAAAGUACAAAAUGGAGCCUUUAGACACUCAAAACAACACAUUCCUGUUUACAUCCGAGUCAGUUGGCGAAGGCCAUCCUGAUAAAAUGUGCGAUCAGAUAUCUGAUGCAAUUCUUGAUGCACAUUUAAAGCAAGAUCCGAAUGCAAAGGUUGCAUGCGAAACUGUUGCCAAGACUGGAAUGAUUCUGUUGUGUGGUGAGAUAACCUCCAAUGCUGUUGUGGAUUACCAGUCUGUAGUACGUCAAUGCAUCAAAGAUAUUGGCUAUGAUGACUCAGAAAAAGGGUUUGACUAUAAAACCUGCAACGUCCUUGUUGCUCUUGAGCAACAGAGUGUGGACAUUGCUCAUGGUGUGCAUGUCGGCCGGGAGGAGGAGGAUGUUGGCGCUGGGGACCAGGGACUAAUGUUUGGUUAUGCAACAGACGAAACUGAGGAGCUUAUGCCUCUUACUGUUGUUCUUGCACACAAAAUGAACCAGAAACUUGCCGAGUACCGCAGAGAUGGCACCCUUCCUUGGGCGCGGCCAGACUCUAAAACCCAAGUUACUGUUGAGUACAAGUUUGAGCAUGGACGUGCCAUCCCUCUGCGUGUGCACACUAUCGUCAUAUCUGUGCAACAUGAUCCAACAAUAACAAUGGAGAACCUCAGAAAGGAGCUUAUGGAAAAGAUAGUCAAGACUGUAGUUCCUUCCAAGUUCCUGGACGAAGAUACCAUUUUCCAUCUUCAGCCAUCAGGGCUGUUUGUGAUUGGUGGACCUCAGGGUGACGCUGGUCUGACUGGCAGGAAGAUCAUUGUGGACACCUAUGGUGGAUGGGGUGCCCAUGGAGGUGGCGCUUUCUCUGGCAAGGAUUAUACCAAGGUUGACCGUUCUGCUGCGUAUGCAGCAAGAUGGAUCGCCAAGUCUCUAGUUUCAGAAGGCCUUUGCAAGCGGGUCUUAGUGCAAAUCUCCUAUGCCAUUGGUAUUGCACAACCUCUGUCUGUCACCGUCUUUUCUUAUGGAACCAGCAAAAAGUCUGAAGAUGAAUUGCUCAAAAUUGUCAGAGAUAACUUUGAUUUACGACCAGGAAAGAUUGUCAAGGAACUUGACUUGAAGAAGCCAGUGUACCAGAAAUCCUGUGUUUACGGACAUUUUAAGCCUGGGUUUACUUGGGAAACACCAAAGCCUUUACAAUAUUAAACAGACCUAAUAUAUGAAGACAGUGUUUUUAAUUCUGUACCAUUUGCAUUCAUGAAAUUGUGUUCAUUGAUGGUUGUAUAAUCCAGAUACCUGGCUGAUGAUAUACUAAUCUGUGUGUCACAGUUUAAAGAAAAACUCAUUUGCAUAGACAGAAAAUCAAAUAAAGAAUUAGGAAUCAUCAUAAUGUUAAUGGGGAAAGCCAGAAUUUGACCAAAAGUUUGUUUAUUUUUAUACUCAAAGAUGUAACAACUCCCUACAUAACUUCUAAGAGCUGUACAUCUUUAGAAUAACGUACUCCGUCUUUUUUCCUUUUUUUUCAAAUAAUGUUACCCAACAAAAAGUAUACUCAGCAGAAUCAGCCAAUUCUACAAUAAGCAUAGACAUAUUCACAUAUUAUUUUAUGCAGUAAAAGCUUUGUAAGUCAAAAAACAAAACAUUGUACAUUAUUCUGUUGUAACUAUUUAAGUACAGACUUGUCUACCAGUAACUAAGCUGUUAAUUUAGUUAAACAUACAACUGUAACAACUAAAUGAUUUAUUAAAAGUGCAUUACACAAUGAAA